AUGUAUUACAUUCUCUACCUUGCAAGCCUCUGCAAGCGCAGACGUUGGUCUGAGCCUCGCUAUGAUGCAUUCCGAAGCUCCACGGGUUACAACUGUGUGGUUCGCGUCAACAACCGCGAGUACAAGGCGGAUUCGAUCUGUGAAUCCGAGGUUAUGGCUCGAGAGAACGCCGCGAUGCGCGCGUACCUGAUUUGUCGCAAUUUUUCCGUCAACGAUGGAAUGUACCCGGCUGGCCAUGACCACGGUGGAGUUAUGCAGGGCGUUCCGGUUGCUAUUGGCACUGGUCGCAGGUCCCUUCGUUACGCUGAUGAGAGCGAUGCGACCUCCAGUGGAGGCAGCCGAAGUGGAGGCAGCAGCCCUGAGAGCCACGAAGGAGGUCGAUUGGCCCACGGGCGCCGUCAGGGGGUCCCGACACGAGCAUUGGCUUACCAAUACUAG